AUACAAGUACAAGCGAAACUACAAGUCGGGCGCAGCGAAAGAAGUAUACUUGUACGGAUGCAUCAGCCAUCAAAGAUGUCCUCCUAGUCUUCAUGCGGUUGCUGUUAACACCGACGUCCAUAUUCGCGACGACAUGCUCGCGCUGACACCAUUCAGCUUCGACGAGGUAGUCUAUUGCGCCAAGUGA